AUGGCCAUAUCCUCCCGGCUCGCCCUGUGGGAACAGAAGGAAAGUGAUAUCCGGGAAGAAGACAAGACCCCCCCACCUUCCUCACCCCCUCCCCUGUUCUCCGUCAUCCCAGGGGGCUUCAUCAAGCAGCUGGUCCGGGAGACUGAAAAGGAGUCCAAAGAGGCCAGGCGGAGGAAGGAGGCUGCCCUGGCCUCCCCAGAACGGGAGGUAGGGAGCCCUCGGGGAGGGGUCGGGAGCGCAGUGCAUCCUGGGAGUGGACACCGUGUGGGGAGCAGGGUGCAUCCUGGGAGUAUCCCUCAGCCCAGCAGCCGGCAUCUUCUAUCUGGCCCCCCAGCGCCCCCUGUGGGCGGUGUGGGUGCUGACGUGGUGGAGCAGCCUGGUCCGGGGUCUCCUCCUGGCCUGACCCUGGCCCCCCCGCUCCCUUCAGCGUGUAUUUGGCUGGUCUGCCCGUGCCCGCACCUGUCCCGGGACAAUGGCCCUGCUGUGUUGGCAAACUCCCCGACAGCUGAGCGGCAGCUGCAGAAGCACCGGGGCCCCGUCUUGGGGCAGGGUGACAAGGAGGCCGGCUCCGUGCCCACCCGCACGCUAGACCGAGGCCUAGAGGAUCAAGCAGGGGUCAGGGUGGAGGCCUCGGCGGCCCGGGGAGGAGAGGACGCGGCCGGCUGCGGGCCAGGCCGGCUCCUCUGUGGACAAGAAAGGAAAACGGAGCUGAGGGAGGAGACGGGCGUCGCCACCAGGAGUGGGGACCCCAAGGGCAGCAGCCAGGGCCCCGGGCAGGGGUGGGCAGUGGUGAGCAUGGGCACCCGGCUGGACGACCACGAUGUGGUCAGCACCCCCUCCCCAGGACAGCCAGGACAGCGGUCACCCUACUGUGCCCCAGAAGUUUCCAUCGCCCAGUCCAGCAGCAAGACCAGUGGUGCCCCCCGAUCUGGAAGCCCGUCCAGCUCGCAGCGGGCCACCCCCGCCGCAGACCCCGGAGGGGCAGAGAACCAGGCUGCGCCCCCCGCUGGCCCAGGGGCGCUGACCCGGGAGGCCCAGACCACCCGGCCCGGGGGCCUUGGGGGCACAGGCCGAGGCGCACAGGAACAGAGGAGUCAAAGUGCCGUGGGGAAGGGGAGCAGGGUCCCCCCGACCAAACAGCCCAAACGGGGUGAGCCCCAGGGCCAAGAGGAGCAGAGGACCAGGCCCCAGGCCCCAGGGGCAGGGGACGGGGGCCAACCGCAGACCGCGGGGGGAGGAGCACCCCAAAACAAGACAGACAAGGAGGCGUUGCCCCAGGAGGGAGGCCAUCGGAUCCGCACUGAGCCUCGAGUCCCGGCCAGAAAGUGGGGUGCUUCCCUGAGCAAGAAGAGCAAGGGGGAGACUCCCCCGAGCAAGAAGGACAAAGCAGGACCACCCCAGACCAAGACAGAGGAAAGGGGCGCGGGGCAGGAGCCAGGGGCGCAGGCGGGGGAGGCCACGCGGGGGCUGGAGGAGGCAGGGGGGCCUCCACCAGUGGCCGGGGAGACCGGGGUGCCCCAGAAGACAGAGGCGCCCGGAGAAGCAGCUGGUGCUCAAAGCGUGGCAGAAAAGGGGUGUGCAGAGCCCCCGAAGGCAGCUCCCCGGGGGCCACCGCCGGAGGCCUCCGGGACAGAGGACCGGCCAGACCGCGGAACACAAGGAGCCCAGGAGUCCAGCGGGAUUGCCGAGGGGGGGGUCCCCCAGCCCCAGCUGGAGCCUGUGCCUGAGACCCCGGCCGACCAGCCUUCCACCCAGAAACCGGCUGACCAGGGGCGGGGGCCUCAGGAGCCGUGCAGCGGAGACCAGAGCCCCGACCCCCAGCAGGCUGGAGAGGGCAGGUGGUACGAGGCGGAGAAGGUCUGGCUGGUUCAGAAGGACGGAUUCGAGCUUGCAACGGUGCUAAAACCAGAUGAGGGAACAGCCGACCUGCCGGCAGGCCGGGUCCGACUCUGCCUGGAUUCCAACAGGAGCGUCAUGGAGGUGGACGAGGACCGGGUUCACCGGGCCAACCCCCCUGAGCUGGACCAGGCCGAGGACCUGGCCUCGCUGGUCAGCGUCAACGAGCCCAGCGUCCUGAACACACUGCUGCGACGCUACCAGGCCCAGAGGCCGCACACCUGCGCGGGGCCGGAUCUGAUCGUCCUGCGGCCCCCGGGACCUCUGGCAGGGCAGGUGCCCCGGGCCCCCUGGGACAGGCUUCCAGCCCACGUCGGCUCCUUGGCCCAGCGGGCAUACUGGGCACUGCUGAGCCAACGGAGAGACCAGAGCAUCGUGGCCCUGGGCCGGAGCGGGGCGGGGAAGACGGCAUGCUGCCAGCAGGUUCUGGAACACCUGGUGCAGAUGGCGGGCGGCGUGGACGGCAGGGUUGCAGUGGACAAGAUCCGCGCGGCCUUCACGGUCCUCAGGGCCUUCGGCUCUGCGUGCACCAACCACGGCCACGCGGCCACCAAGUUUGCAAUGGCCAUGUCGCUGGACUUCAGCGCCACCGGACGCGUCACGGCCGCCCAGCUGCAGACCAUGCUUCUGGAGACCAGCCGGGUGAGCCAGCGGCCGGAAGGGGAAGGAAACUUCCAGGUGUUCUCCCAAAUGCUGGCCGGGCUGGACCUGGAUCUCAGGACGGAGCUGAAUCUGCACCAGAUGGCUGACGGCCACGCCUUCGGCAUGGGUGAUUGGUCCAAGCCUGAAGACAAGCAGAAGGCGGCGGCUGGCUUCGCCCGGCUCCGGGCCGCCAUGGACGCGCUGAGCAUCUCCCAGGGUGAGCAGAGGGCCGUGUGGCGCGUGCUGGCCGCCAUCUACCACCUCGGGGCCGCGGGGGCCUGCAAAGUGGGGCGGAAGCAGUUCAUGCGCUUUGAGUGCGCCAACCACGCCGCCGAGGCCCUGGGCUGCGAGUUCGAGGAGCUGAACACGGCCACGUUCAAGCACCACCUGCGCCAGAUCAUCCAGCGGGCGACGGCGGGGCCGCGGCGCGGGGCCCGGGAGGACGAGGAGGCGGCGGCCAGCGCGGGCCUGAAGAUGACAGGCGUGGAGUGCGUGGAGGGCAUGGCGGCCGGCCUGUACCAGGAGCUCUUUUCCGCAGUGGUCUCGCUCAUCAACCGAUCCUUCUGCUCCCAGCACCUGUCCAUGGCUUCCAUCACGGUGGUCGACGCCGCCGGUUUCCAGAACCCCAGGCAUCAGGGCAGAGGCCGGGCGGCCACCUUCGAGGAGCUGUGCCAUAAUUACGCUCAGGAGCGCCUGCAGCUGCUUUUCUACCAGCGGACCUUCGUCUCCACGCUGGAGCGGUUCCGAGAGGAAGGUAUCCCUGUGCACUUUGACCUUCCAGAGUCUUCCCUGGAGACUACGGUGGCUCUCAUGGAUCAGAAUCCCUCUCAGGUCCACGUGGCGGCUGGCGGUGGCCCAGAGGACGCCAGGGGCCUCUUCUGGCUACUGGAUGAGGAGGUGCGGGUGGAAGGUUCCAGCGACAGCGUGGUGCUCGAGCGUCUGCGUGCGGCCUUUGAGAAGAAGGGAGCCGGGGAGGAAGGACCCCCCGCCCUCCGGACCUGUGAGCAGCCCCUGCAGUGCGAGGUGUUCCACCAGCUGGGCCAGGAUCCCGUGCGCUACGACCUCACCGGCUGGCUCCACAGAGCCAAGCCCAACCUCUCGGCGCUCGACGCUCCCCAGCUCCUGCAUCAGUCCAAAAGGGAGGAGCUGCUCAGCCUGUUCCAGGCCCAGGCCAAGCUGCCCCCGGUGUGCCAGGCGCUGGCCGGGCUGGCCGCCACUUCGCCCCAGGCCCUGCAGCGGAACCGCGUGCUGAGGCGGGCGUUCGCCGGCAGCCUCGGUGCGCUCAAGAGGAGAGCGUCGUGCGCCCAGAUCAAGCUGCAGAUGGAUGCCCUGGUCAGCCUGCUCAGCCGGUCUCAGCUGCACUUCAUCCACUGUCUGCUGCCGGCCGCGGAGGUGGAGAGCGAUGCUGGUGGAGAGCAGCCAGGGGCGGGCCAGCCCCAGGCCCUGGACGUCCCGGCUCUGAGGGCCCAGCUCGCUGGCUCUCACAUCCUGCAGGCUUUGCGGCUCCACAGGGCAGGCUUCGCAGACCACAUGGGGCUCCCCCAGUUCCGCAGGCGCUUCCAGGCUCUGGACCCUGCGCUGCUGAAGCGGCUGGCGUCGGGGUCCGAGGGCGUGGACGAGCGGCAGGCCGUGGAGGAGCUCCUGCACACGCUGGACCUGGAGGCGCAGGCGGUGGCCCUGGGGCCCAGCCAGGUGUUCCUCAAGGCUGGCGUGGUGUCCAGGCUGGAGAAGCAGCGGGAGAAGAUGGUGGCUCGCAGCAUCGUCCUCUUCCAGGCCGCAUGCCGGGGCUUCCUGUCCCGCCAGGAAUUGAAGAAGUUGAAGGUCCACCGGCUGGCUGCACGCUGCAUCCAGAAGAAUGUGGCCGCCUUCCUGGCGGUCAAGGACUGGCCGUGGUGGCAGCUGCUGGCAUCCCUCCGGCCCUUGCUGAGCGCCACGGUGGGGACCGAGCAGCUCCGAGCCAAGGAGGAGGAGCUGAGUGCGCUGAGACGGAAGCUGGAGAAAUCGGAGAGCUUGAGGAAUGAGCUCCGCCAGAGCUCCGACCUGCUACAGAGCAAGAUUGCAGACUUGACGGCAGAGCUGGCCGACGAGCGCUUCAGAGGUGACGUCGCGUGCCAGGCUCUGGAGAGUGAGCGGGCAGAGCGGCUGCAGGCCUUCCGCCAGGUCCAGGAGCUCAAGAGCAAGUGUGAGCAAGUGCAGAAGAGUUUGGGAGACGUGGAGAAGCGUCUGGAAGAAGCAGAGCACAAGGUGCAGCUGAGCGAGUUGGAGAGCAAGCCCGCCGGAAGUGCCGAUGAGUGGCAGAUGCGUCUAGACUGUGCUCAGAUAGAGAAUGACUUCCUCAGAAAGCGGCUUCAGCAGUGUGAGGAGAGGCUGGACUCAGAGCUAGCAUCCAAGAAGGAGCUGGAGCAGAAGCUCGGGGAGCUGCAGAGUGCGUACGAGGAGGCCAAGAAGACAGCUCAGCAGCUGAAGAGGAGGUGCCACCACCUGACCUGGGACCUGGACGAUGCCCGGGUCCUGCUGGAGAACCAGCAAAGCCGGAACCACGAGCUGGAGAAGAAGCAGAAGAAGUUUGACCUGCAGCUGGCCCAGGCGCUGGGGGAGGCCGUGUGUGAGAAGAACCUCCGGGAAAAAGCAGCCCAGGAGAGCAGCAGCGUGCGCUGGGAGCUGGGCCAGCUACAGAAGCAGCUGCAGCAAAAGGAACAGGAAGCGGAGAAGCUGCAGCAGGAGGCGGCCGCGCUGCGGGAGCACAAGCGGGAGCUGCUGGCAGCCGCCUCCCUGCGGGGCGACGGCGGAGCGGCCGGGUUGAAGGAGAGGCUCUGGGCCAUGGAGUCCCAGGCCCUGGAGCAGGCAGAGGCCCAGCGGCAGCAGGAGAGCGCCAUCCGGCGGCUGGAGCAGGUGCGGGAGCGUUUGGAGCUGGAGAUGGAAUGCAUGAAGCAGAUGUAUCAGAAGGGGCGUGAGGACCAGGAGGAGGAACUGGAGGAUGUCCGUCAGUCCUGCCAGAAGCGGCUGUGGCAGCUGGAGAUGCAGCUGGAGCAGGAGCACGAGGAGAAGCAGAUGGCCCUCCACCAGAAGCAGGACUUGGAGACCCUGAUUGGGAACCUGUGUGAGCAGAUCGGCCACCGGGACUUUGAUGUGGAGAAGCGGCUCCGCAGGGACCUGAGGAGGACGCAUGCGCUGCUCUCGGACGUCCAGCUUCUGCUGACCACCAUGGACGACAGCAAGACGUCGGCCAGCAAGGAGGAGCUGGAGAAGAUGCGCAGCCAGCUGGAGCAGAGCAAGGCAAAGUGCGAGGAUGCCCUGAAGACACAGAAGGCGCUGACGGUGGACCUGGAGGCCAUGCACAGUGAGCUGGAGAGCAUGGCGCGCAGCAAGAGCCUGGUGGACGAGCAGCUGUUCCGGCUGCAGUUUGAGAAGGCUGACCUCCUGAAGCGCAUCGAUGAGGACCAGGAUGACCUCAAUGACCUCAUGCAGAAGCACAAGGACCUCAUAGCCCAGUCUGCUGCCGACAUCGGGCAGAUCCAGGAGCUGCACCUGCAGCUGGAGGAAGCCAGGAAGGAGAAGCAGAAGCUCCAGGAGCAACUGCAGGUGGCCCAGACGCGCAUCGAGUACCUGGAGCAGUCCACUGUGGACCGCGCCAUCGUCAGCAGGCAGGAGGCGGUCGUCUGUGACCUGGAGAGCAAGACGGAGUUCCAGAAAGUGCAGAUCAAGAGAUUCGAGGUCCUGGUGAUCCGGCUUAGGGACAGCCUGAUCAAGAUGGGCGAGGAGCUGUCGCAGGCCACCAUGGCGGAGACCCAGCAGCGGGAGAACAGCCAGUAUUAUCAGCGGCGGCUGGAAGAGAUGAAGGCAGAGAUGGAGGAGCUGGUGCAGCGGGAGGCGGCGGCCAGCCGGCGGUGCAUGGAGCUGGAGAAAUACGUGGAGGAGCUGGGGGCCGUGAGGCAGAUUCUCCAGACAGAUCUAGAGACCUCCAUCCGGAGGAUCGCGGACCUGCAGGCGGCCUUGGAAGAGGUGGCGUCCAGUGACAGUGACACGGAGAGUGUUCAGACCGCAGUGGACUGUGGCAGCCGUGGCAGGAAGGAGGCAGACAACCUCUCCACCAUCAGCUCCCAGCCGGAGGGCAGCCUGCAGUCCUGGCUGAGCUGUACCCUGUCCCUGGCCACAGAUACCGUGAGGACGCCCUCCCGGCAGUCAGUCAACAGCAGCCAUGUCCCAAGGACGAAAGAGGAGACCCGAGAUGACAUGGGAUCCACCCCAGCCACGGCGGCGCUGGGCAGAGCCUGGGAGAGUGAGCCCCGGGCCUCGCGAGGUGACGGCGUGUCUCCCCGUUCCCCCUGCCAUCUGGGGGACCAGAGGAAGGCCUCCGAGAGACCCGGAUCCUUGUCCCCCUCGCUGGGUUCCCCGAGCCCGCCUCGGUCCCCGCUGCCCAGGGACAAGCUGCCCAGCCCCUCGGCGGCUCUCUCGGAGUUCGUGGAAGGCCUCCGCAGGAAAAGGGUCCAGAGAGGGGGCCGGGGGUCCCCGCUGCACCUCGAGGACUGGCCCGCGCUGCCCAUUUACCAGACCACUGGGGCCUCCACGCUGCGGAGGGGCAGGGCCAGCAGCGACGAGGGGGCCCUCUCCCUGGGGAUGGGGGCCUCCCCGUCUCCCCCGGAAGCCGCCGGGGCCUCCGGGCUGCUGCGAUGUGCCAGUCUCAAGUGCAUCCCUUCCGGGGACACCGCGGGCACCGAGCUGCUGCCGGAGAGGACGAAGACCAGGUUCAGCUCCUGCGAAUCCCUGUUGGAGUCCGGGAGAAAGCUGAGCCCCGCCGGCGCACCCCGGGACCCGCUGCGGUCGCCCUCCCUGCGUCCACGGAGGCGGUGUCUGGAGGCCUCGGUGGACGACGCGGGCACCUUGGAACUGGGGACCGAACCCCUGGUCUUCCAGAACCGCCAGUUCGCCCACCUGAUGGAGGAACCCCUCAGCGGCGGCGACCCCUUCAGCUGGAAGCUUCCGGGCCUCCCUUAUGGACACCAGGCCCCGGGGGGCUUCGAUGACUUCCUGCCGGCCAUCCGGAAGCCCGCCACCCCUCCGUCCUCGGCCGGAGCAGCCAAAGACAAGCAGCACCCCAGUGUCCCCUUUGAGACGGAAGAGGCCGACCCCUCCUUUGUCUCUGGGAUCAAGACCAUCGUGCAAAAGAGCCCCGGGUCCCAGGGGGACCCCGCGCACCUCUCCGACUCCUCCGACUCCUCCAGUUCCAUCGUGUCCCUCAAAAGUAACCCCAGUGCCAAGAGUCGGCUGUCCCUCCCGCGGCCUGAGGGCGAUGGCGGGGAACGCACGUCACCGUAUCGCCCAGAGCCGGGCGCCACGGGGAGAAAUGAGGAUGUAGAGAGCAUCAUGAAGAAAUACCUCCAGAAGUAG